AUGGCAUCCACUCGGCAGACCGGGUCCUCUCGACCUCUGGCUGGUGUCAAGGCCGUUUUCCUCGUUGCUGCGGCUGGAGUUGCUUUGUGCUGGCUGCUGCAACUACCCACAACAAAGGACGUCGCCUCCAACCUUGCUUUCGUGAACACACAGGCACCGGUUAGAAGCCCUGUCACCGCGCGGGCUGCCGAGGGUGAGGAGCCCUCAGCCGGCAAACGUCUGUUGGUCCUCGGUGGCAACGGCUAUGUCGGGCGUGAGGUCUGCAGGCUGGCUGUGCAAAGAGGCUUCCAGGUCACAUCGCUCAGCCGACGUGGUGAGAACCCUGAGCCUGGCAACGCAGAGCUUGAUCAGGUAAAGUGGGUGAAGGGAGAUGCUGCCGACUCUUCGACGGUGCAGAACGUUGUAGGCGAAGCGGAUGCCGUUGUCCAUGCCAUCGGCUUGCUGUUUGAUGUGAACAGCGGGCUCACAAACCUCAACCUCGUGGUCAGUGGAUCUGGAUCCACCCCGGACGACUCAAGCACCUACGACAAAAUCACCCGCCAGACAGCCUUCAACGUCAUCAACGCGAUCAAAGGUCGCAUCCGCAUGCCCUUUUCUCCGCCAAUGCCAAUGAUGUUCGUCUCGGCGGCAGAGGCAGGAUGGCCGGAUGUGGCGCUCGGUCCGGAGGUGGAGAAGGUGGCGCCUGCCUGGCUCAAGGAGUACCUGGUGGCCAAGCGUGCUGUUGAGAGCGAGCUUGCCUCGAGCACGGAUGCCAUCAGGUCCGCCAUCUUCAGGCCAUCCCUGAUUUGGAGCUGGACCAAGUUCGACGUUCUGCCCGUCAUUCCGGUUUUCAACCUGCUCAACGCAGUUGGUGUUCCGUUCGUUGACAAAACGGUCACGGUCUUCACUCUAUCGAAAGCCAUCGUCGCUGCACUUGAGGACGAAGGUGUUGCCGGGGUUCAGCGCUUCCCUGAGAUGGAAGAGCUAGAGAAGAAGGUAUCCUAA